CGCCCAGCUCUAUAAAUGCCCGUCUCCUCGCCCGGAACAAGUUUCAAGCCCUCCUCUCCUCUUGCUGCACUAGAAGAAGAGGAGAACAGAGCAGCAGCGACCAAAGAGUACAAUUCGCCUGCUUCGAUUGAUCCGGAGAGGGAAACGAUGAGCGGCGGUCAGGACCUGCUGCUGCCGCCGGGGUUCCGGUUCCACCCGACGGACGAGGAGCUGGUGACGCACUACCUCUGCCGCCGCUGCGCCGGCCUGCCCAUCGCCGUCCCCAUCAUCGCCGAGAUCGACCUCUACAAGGUCGACCCAUGGCAGCUCCCGAAGAUGGCGCUGUACGGCGAGAAGGAGUGGUACUUCUUCUCCCCGCGGGACCGCAAGUACCCGAAUGGGUCGAGGCCCAACCGGGCGGCCGGGUCCGGGUACUGGAAGGCUACUGGCGCCGACAAACCGGUGGGCUCGCCCAAGCCCGUCGCCAUUAAGAAGGCGCUCGUCUUCUACGCCGGCAAGGCGCCUAAGGGCGAGAAGACCAACUGGAUCAUGCACGAGUACCGCCUUGCCGACGUCGACCGCUCGGCACGCAAGAAGAACAGCCUCAGGUUGGAUGAUUGGGUCCUGUGUCGCAUCUACAACAAGAAGGGCGGGCUGGAGAAGGCGCCGGCCGUCGGCGCGGCCGCGGCGGACCGUAAGCCGGUGUUCGGCGGGCAGGCGGCCAUGGUGCGCUCCCCGCCGGAGCAGAAGCCGUUCGUCGAGGCGCCAGGGGGCUUGCCGCCGGCGUUCGCGAACCUGGCGGCGUACUACGACCGGCCGUCGGACUCGAUGCCGCGGCUGCGCGCGGACUCGAGCUGCUCGGAUCAGGUGCUGUCGCCGGACCAGUUCGCGUGCGACCGGGAGGUGCAGAGCCAGCCCAAGAUCAGCGAGUGGGAGCGCACCUUCGCCUCCGACCCCGUCAACCCCGCUGGCUCCAUGCUCGACCCCACCGGCGCCGGCGCUGGCGUCGGCCUCGGCGGCGACCCGCUCCUGCAGGACAUCCUCAUGUACUGGGGCAAGCCGUUCUAGACCGCUCCGGAAGCAAAAGCAAAGCGAUCCCGUCAUGAGCUGCGGUUGCCGGCGGCGGUGCUUGCAACCGUGCGGUGUGGGCUUGACUCAGGCGAGCCGCCAUAGUUGACUAUUACGAGCUUAAGAUGGAUGGUCAGGAUGGAUUAGAUGAAGAUUAACGGACGGACGGACGUGAUGACGAUGGAGACUUUAGGCGGCAAUGAGACUGUGGGGCCCAGCCGGAAGGGAUAUUGGCGGUCGAUCGUGCGUGGUAUUUGUGUGUUAUUGAUUCGGUGCAGGGUUUCUGUUCCUUCAUUGGUUACAUUAUAAGGGCUUAUAUAUAUAUAUACUGGGAUAAAUAGUCCAGUGUAGCGUAAGACGUUCGUCAAAAAUGAAACGAUCAUAUAAACUCCGUAUUAUUGUAGCUGUUGGCUCUCUGUAUUAUAGUAUUACUAUUUUGAUCU